AUGUUUGCAACAUUAUGUGAGUGCCGCACGAACCCUCUUGAUCCCUUGUGCCGAAUCUCGAGAGCGACGAGGGAUCAUGCCGCCACACCUCCACCCCAGGUCGCGAAUGACCUCCUCCCUCUUCGCAACGACCGUCGUCGCCAGCUUCUUCGUCGUCGCGCUCCCGCAUAUCCUGCCCUGCCCCGUGCCCCGGACCAAGUUCGCCGAUGGGGAGGUCAUAGUGGACGAGAACGGGAGGAGGAGGAGGUGGAGGAGGAGGGAUCCCGCGGAAAGCAAGGACGGAAUUGUACAGUUCAAUCAGACGGGCGACGACGACACAUAUACCAACGUGGAGCGGACGACGAGAGAGUGCCCCGUGCCGAAGCCGGGAGGCAUGCUGGGCGAAUGGCUCGGCUUUCACAAGAGCGACGGCGAGACGGGGAAGCGAUGACAACAACGGGAGGGACAAAAACACAAGAUCUACAACAAAUGUAUAACCAAUGUUCGAACAAACAUACUCAAGACCCGCCGGGUCCGAACGAUUGCUCUGUGCGCGCUUAUGCCGAAGUCUUGUGUCCCGUGAUGGAGCGAGCAUGA